AUGGGCAGCUCGGCGGCGGCGCGAGAGCUGCGUGCGGCCCUGAGCGCGGCAUCAGAGUGGGGCCGGAGCGCGCCUUCGGCGGUCCGAUCCAGCGGGGCGCAGCCGGCGCAAGACGUCGUGCGUCUGCUCGCGCGGGAGGACGAUGAAUCGAGCCAGUCCCUGUCGGACAAACGGUGCUUGACGACGGUCGUUUCCCUGCUCCAGGAGGACUCGGCCGCUGUGCUCGGGGCUUUGCAGGCCCUCUCCACGGCAGUCACGGCAGGCAUCACGCCCGACGUGUUCGGCGACUACGCCGACCGCCCGAACGACUGGGACGCGUCCGCUGCAGCGGAUGCCCACCGCAGUGUCGCGCACACCUCCCUGCGCGCCUGCACGCUCCUGCUGCGCGGGUGGGCCGCCGCCGCCCGACGCCGCGCCGUGCCGCGCGUGCCCGCAGCCUCCUCCGACACGCGCCUCCCUCGCGGCGUCGACCAGCCGCUGGCCGAGGCAACCAUCGUCGAGAUCGACCCGUCAGACCUUGAAACCUCGACUCCGGCCUCCCCGGAGGUCCAGCUCUCCGCGCUGCGCUCCGCGAUCCUCGCCGCCGCAGCCCACGCCGCCGACGACGGCAUGCCGGCGCCGUGGAUCGACGCCCCGGGCGCUGAAGCCGCGGACGCGUGUCUGUUGGCGGCUGGGUCCGUCGUGGGGCCCCGCUCGGCCCCCGCGGCCCCCGCGUGCGCACAGUACGCGCUCGGGCCGCUCGCCGCGACGCUCAUGCGCGCCCCGACCGCCAUGCAGCAGCAGCCAGGCGGCGGCGCCCUGCCGCACGUGCCAGGCCCCGCGGAGACGCUGGCACGCGCAGUGUCGGCGCGGCAGCUCGCGGCGCUGGUGCGGAUGUGCGUGGGCGCAGGCCUGUCGGAGGUCGUGCCCCGCGCGAUAUAUCCGGUCCUGGCGUGCCUGCAGGACUCCAGUCCCGUCGUGCAGGGGCUGGGGUUGGCGGCCCUGCACCACGUGGCGGUCAAGGGGCUGCCGAGCGACUUGCGGCCGCACCAGGGCGUGGUGCUGCAGCAGGCGCUGCGGCUGGCGACGGGCUGCGAGGCGCGCGUGUGGCCCGUGUGCGCGCCAUGCUGCGUCGCGCUCGCUGCAGCGCUGGGCGGCGCCGACGACCCCAGGUCGCUGGUGCACGGGAAGGUCAUGGCGACGCUUCUCGCGGAGGGCGAGCGGCACUCGCACGACCCGUACCGCCGCGUGCCGCUCCUGCACUCCCUCGUGCCCAUGGUGCAGCUGACCGGCCUCGUGACGGUAGCCCACUUCGCGCGUCUGAUGCCGUUGUUGCUGGGGUGGCUCCACGCGCUGGACGCGGGCACGCAGGUGGGCGCGGCCCGCGCGCUCUGCGCCGUCGUGCGCGUGUCGUGGCCGCGCGUGCCCGUGCACGCCCGCGCGGUGUGGGAGCACGCAGUGGUGGCGGUGCGCGAGCUGCAGGGGCGCAACGCGGCCGCGCACGCCGCGGGGACGGACGCGAGGGCCGCGGUGGAUGCCCUCACGCCCGCGCAGCGCGAGGUGUGGGAAGGCCUCGUGGUGCUCGGCGCGCUGUUGUACCUGGCGGGCGGGGAGCGGUUUCGCGCCAACAUGGAGCCGGGGGGGGAGUGGGGGAGUCGAGAGGGGAUGGUCGGCGCGCUGUGCCACGUGGCCGUGCGUGCAGCAGAGGGGCUCGCGGGCGCGCGGCCGGACGGGCGCGCCUGA